GUCCAUCCCUCACAGCGCUCAACGCCAUUGCCUGAGUGGCUUUUUCUCUGGUGGCCCUCAUGGACCCUUUCAAUGCAAAACUAGUGGCAGCCGCCACUGGGUCGACUCUCACCGCCCUCACCAUGACUCCAUUCGACGUCGUGAAGACGAGGUUACAAACGCAGCCUCCACCGCAAAUACCUUUGUUCCCUAAACCACCAACGCCUAAUGGAUGCUGUCAACCGAACAGUGCUUUGGGCUGUGUACGCAAUAUGUCAUCUUACGCUCGACCAUUAGCAACCGAAGUUGUCUGCAUCUGGGACCACGGAGUGUUGCGGACAGAACGGGUCAACGGAUUUUGGGAUGCAAUACGACAUGUUGUUCGAGCAGAAGGCAUGAAGGGGCUGUGGAAGGGUGCGGGAACAACAUUAUUAAUUGGCGUUCCUUCAUCGACAUUUUAUAUGAUGACAUACGACCAUUUACUCCGCGUUACCCUUCCUCCAAUAUCCCCCUGGCCGUCUCUUACACCGUUAUUUGCUGGUAUCAUUGCACGAAGCUUCAUCUCGACUUUGGGGUCUCCUUUAGAACUCAUUCGAACUAAUCUCCAGUCAACACCUAUAUCACCUGACACUCCUCAUACCCUUCGCUCUGUUUUGGUUUCUAUCCGAGAGGUCGCACAAAGGCAGGGUCCGCUUUCUUUAUGGCGCGGAGUCGGUCCCACACUCUGGCGAGAUGUACCUUUCAGCGGAAUUUAUUGGGCAGGGUACGAACGAUUAAAAAGGAUUUUAGAAGGCAGAGGUUUCCAUGGUGCUCCUGCUGCGUUUGUCAGUGGUGCAGUGAGCGGCACAACCGCGGCAAUUAUUGUGUCGCCCUUUGACACGGCAAAGACGCGCCGACAAGCCCUCGUAAUGUCCUCGAUUUCUGGCGGAUCUUCUGCGCCAUCCACUUCGGUGGUGUCCGUCUUGAAGGAGGUAGUCAGGACCGAGGGGGUCUCCGGCCUCUUUGCUGGACUCACGCCCCGGAUGGCAAAAAUCGCACCAGCGUGUGGGAUUAUGAUUGCUUGCUUUGAGGGUAUUGGAAAAGUGCUAGCAAAACCGUUAGACUCAUAGAUUUUGAUCAGAACACACACACUCCCCGCAUUGACGACUUUUACGCAAUUAUUUUAUUCGCAUUUCGGUAAUAUAGAGUAAUAUAAAUAGUGACGCAAACUACAAUUACAACAAUCUUA